AUGGAGGUGCCAGAAGUCACCUGCCCUGCCUCGCCUGCCAGGGACCAGCCAGCUCCUGCUUCUGGCCCCGCAAGGGCCCCAGGUGGGCAGGCCUCGCCUCACCUGACCCUGGGCCCCAUCAUCCUGCCCCCAGAGCAGGGCCUGGCCCCCACCCUCUUCCUGAAGGCCUUGCCCAUCCCCCUGUACCACACAGUGCCUCCGGGGGGCCUCCAGCCGCGUGCCCCCCUCGUGUCAGGCAGCGUGGACGGGGCCAGUGUGCCCUUCAUUCUCAGCCCCCUGCUGCAGCCUGAAGGGCCCGGCCCCACCCAGGUGGGGAAGCCAGCGGGCCCAGCGCUCGCCGUGAGCUUCGUGGGUGCCCUGCCCAUCCUGUCACCGGGCCUGGGGCCCACGCUGGGCAGCCCCAGCAAGGUGCGCAACGCCGGCAAGUACCUGUGCCCGCACUGUAGCCGGGACUGCCUGAAGCCCAGCGUUUUGGAGAAGCACAUCCGCUCCCACACGGGUGAGAGGCCCUUCCCGUGCGCCACCUGCGGCAUCGCCUUUAAGACCCAGAGCAACUUGUACAAGCACAGACGGACCCAGACACACCUCAACAACUCCAGGCUGUCCUUGGAGUCGGACGGCGGGGGAAGCAGCCUCUCGGAGGAAGGGGACAAGGCCGGAGUGCCUUCUGGGACCCACGGGGCACGAUCAGAGAGACCCCUUUCUCUGGGCGCCCAGGCCGCUGGGCACUGCCUGCUGCCUAAGGCACAUCUGUCCCCGGUUGCCAAGAACCUGGACCUGAAGUUGGACGCUGUUGCCUGUCCAGGGUCCACGUUCGAUGUCAGGGAGGCCCCUGCAGACUCUGCCCCCGGGCUCCCGCUGGCCAGCUCGCAGUCGAGGCGGAAGCUGCCCGAGCAGCGGUCCCCCACGGCCAGCAGGCCGGGCUCCGUGCUGCAGCAGCAGCAGCAGCAGGUGGAGAAGCCCGGGGAUGCCAAGCCCUCGGAGGGUCGGCUGCGGAAGUGCGAGAGCACCGACUCGGGCUACCUGUCCCGCUCGGACAGCGCAGAGCAGCCGCCGGCCGCCGGCAGUCCCCUGCACAGCCUGUCCGAGCACAGCGCCGAGUCUGAGGGCGAGGGAGGCCCGGGGCCCGGGCGCGCAGAGCGAGCGGCCGUCCUGGAGCUGGAAAAGAGGCGGCUGGAGGAGCGCAUCGCCAGGCUCAUCUCUCACAACCAGGCCGUGGUGGACGACCCCCAGCUGGCCCACGUGCGGCCCCGCAAGACGGUCCUGUCCAAGCAGGGCAGCAUCGACCUGCCCAUGCCCUACACCUACAAGGACUCCUUCCACUUCGACCUGCGGCCGCCGGAGCCCAGGAGGACACCUGCCGCCCUCCGCGCCGCGCGCUCCACCUGCGCACCCCCGGACAGGGUGCGGCCCCUCUUCUUCCACUCGGUCCCCACGCAGCUCUCCACCGGCACCGAAUGUGUGCCUGUCACCAGGAGCAACUCGCUGCCCUUUGUCGAGGGCACGGGGAUGUGGCCGGAGCCGCCGGACCCCCGGGACGCCUGGUCCCGGAGGCAGAAGCCCCUGAGCCCUAGGCCUGCCCCCGCCCGACUGGCCGAUGUCCCUGGCGGUCACCCCCGGGCCCUGGUCAGACAGGCUGCGGUGGAGGACCUGCCGUGUCCCCCGACGGGAGACGCCUCGGCCCCGGCGGAGGACCCGGAUGGAAAGAGACUGGCUGCGGGGGAGGGACAGGCCAGCCAGGGCCAGGCGGCUGGUAAGCCACGCGGCCAGAGGAGGCUGAAGAUGUUCUCCCAGGAGAAGUGGCAGGUGUACGGGAAGGACACGUUCAAGAGCAUCUACCAGAAGACGAAAGCCGGCCACCACGGAGGCAAGAAGGCUAGGGAGGUCCCAGCGGGCGGUGGGGUCGAGCUGGACCGUCCUCUCCAGCAGGAUGCAGCGGGUGGCGGACGUGCAGCCCCCUCCCAGGACGGGAGGAGGCCCCCGGGCCCCAAGGACACUGCCGUGCAGGCCAGGCCAGCGCCUUGCGCAAGCCCACCGGCCCGGGAGGGCCUCUUGGUGACUGAGCCCCCCAAGCAGAGGGAGACGGUGGCCAGAGCCGGAGGCAGGGACCAGCCCCGUGUGCACCGGGCUGCCUCACGCCCCGCCCUCAGCUGCGGAGGACCCCUCUGCUUGGGCAGCAAGAGCACUCUGCUUCCCCCAGACGGGAGGCUGGAGCUGGGGUGUCAGCUGCUGCCGGCACCCAGUCCUCCCAAAGGAGGUGACCUAGAGGCUCCCGGGCGGGGUCUGCCGGACCCCAAGCUGGAAGGUGGCACCCGGGGUGGCGGAGGGGAUGCCAAGGAGACCUGUCAGCAGGUCCACGUGGUCCCGAGCCGGCCGGGCGGUAGCUCCGGGGAGCCCCAGCCCACAGAGGACAAGCUCCCCUCGGAGAGGAAGAAGCUGAAGGUGGAGGCGCUAAGCUGCCAGGAGCCCCUGGGAGCAGGAGGAGAGACCCCGGGGGGCCCCAUGCAGGCUGCCUCCCCGCCCCCUCAGAAACAGGACAGUGACCCGGGGGAAAAGCCAGGGGGGCUGCCUGGAGGUGGCAACUGCAUAGCAAGGGGCAGGGCUGGGGCCCUGAGGCGGGCAGGGCCUCGGGACACGGAGCCUCGGCCGCGUGCUACAGCUGCAGCCCCCGGGUGUCCCUCCCAGCUGGUCUCGCAGCCUCAGGCCCCCAGUGUCCUCGCUGCCCCAGUGGACGUGGCCUUCCCCCCACAAUACCUCCUCAAGUUACCCCAGGGCGAGACCCGUCACUCACUGCUUGUCCCCCAGAAGCCGGACCAAGGCCGGGGCCUUCUCUGCAGGAGAGAGGGACCUGAGGAACGGGCAUCCUUUAUGGAGUCAGGGCUGGAGGCACCCCUGCUUCCCAGCCCAACCUCAGGCCAGGCCCCUGGCGGAGCAGACAGCUUCGGGGAGGACCCCAGCUUGUCCACGCCGUGCGACAGGAGAAAGGGGGUGCAGGGAGAGGAGAAAGGAGGCUUGGACACUGGCACCCCAGAAGCUGGGGUCCCCAGGGGGGCAGCCUCCUUCCCGCCCACGCCAACGUGUGACUCUUUGAGGAGUAGGACCCAUGACACCCCACAAGUCUGCAGCAGCAACACUUGGGUGCGGGCCAGGCCCUCUGGGGGCGCCCUCCAUCCCUGGGAAUGCACUGGGGAGCUGGGGAGGCCUCCCGAGAGUGCCCCGCGGGGCCCUCCUUCAGGGCCACUAGCUGGGCUCAGUGCCGGUUGCUCCCGCCAGCCCGGCCCCUCCCUCUCGGCCCUCCCACCCCCGGGCUGGCCUGAGCUGGCCUCGUGUGCGCCCGUGGAGACCCCCGGGAGCUGCAGGGCCCAGGGGCCUUUCCCCUCGCUGAGGGCUGAGCCCCGGCUCACAUGGUGUUGCCUGAGCCGCAGCCUCCCUCUGCCGCUGGAGCAGAAGGAAAAGGACGCUUCCGUGCACCUGGCGCUGCAUUUCCCUGCUGGCAGCCUCCCGGGUGAGGGUCCUGACGCCCAGCCGGCCAGCAAAGCAGUGUCUGGAGGAUGGACCAGGAAAAGCCCUGGAGGAGGAGGGCAGACGCAGACAUUGAAGCUCUCCGACCCAACAGCCCCAGGGAUGCCAUCCCAGGACUGGAUGUCUGAGCCAGAACGGAAGAAAGGAUGGCCUCAUAGGAGGACAAAGAUGCCUCGUGGGAGCAGCAAGCAGAAACAACUGAGCAUCUGCUCCAGAAGGUACAAAGGGAAUUUCUUGCAAAGUCGUUUCCAGCUGAGAGCCAGCAGACUGAGGAAGCCACACUGGGUGCUGAGAAAAGACAGCCGUUCACCCGCAUCCGAGGGGCUGGCCCCACGCAGGACCUGCGGGCAGGCUUCUUCCGAAACGGCAGGUCUAAAUCUGUCAGGGGAGCCACCUUGUGCUGCCCCAGAAUCAUCUCUUUGUGUUGGGGACGGAGAGAAGGAGGAGAAGAAGGAGGGCAACAGACACAGCUCGGGAAGCUCCUGUCCUCACCCAAGUUCAAGAGCGGUCAGGGAAACAGACAGAUCAACCUCGAAGGAGAUUUCUCCAUCUGCCGGUGAGCAUGGGGAUCGUCGUCCUCAGAAUACAGCUGUGAGGUCAGGAUUAUCUCUGCCAUCCGACUCCUUGGUGGCAGUGGCUAAUGACAGACUUCCAGCCCGUGGCAAAGGUCUGGACGUGGGAUUGCCUGAGACUCACGUGCCGCCCCCCCCGGAGCAAGUCUCAACAGACUCCACACCACGCAUUUUCUCAGAUGCUCAAGAGCCUUCUUCCUUUGAGUCCAAAGGAACCUCUCUCUGCCAUGACCUUGCUACCUCUGUGGCUGCCUUUUGUCCUUCUCUGGGGGAAAGAGCAGGUCACACAACCCUGGGAAUUCACAGUGUGGAACCACAAGACCACAGCCAGGGUGCAAGGGAGACUCUGACACAAAGCUCCCCCCACAGAAAAACGAUAGCAGAGGGCGUGUCCCCAUCCCUCUUGCCAGGGAAACCUUCAUCUGGGCAGAGACUUUCAGGUUCCGUUCCACUGGGGUCCACUGGAAACACUCAUCUUGAAAUACCAGCUUCAGGACCAGGUUCAGCUAGUUCACACCAAGAGGAAGGGAAACACAAGACAUUUUUCCCUUCCGGGGGGCAAUAUGGGUGUGGAGAAGUGCGGGUCCCCUGCCCUCCUGUGGGAAAUGACAGUGGGAAAUGUCAAGGAUCUGGACUCAUCGCUCUAAAGGAUGGUGUGGUUCCGUCUAGCCCAGGGCAGCCCACGGAGAUCCCUGCAGCCCCUUCGAAAACCCUCAGGAAGAGGAGUUUGGAAGGAAUGAGAAAGCAAACUCGUGUGGAGUUCAGCGACACCAGCAGCGAUGAUGAAGAUCGGUUGGUGAUAGAGAUCUGA